AUGUUUCCUAAGGCUCUCUAUUGUGUUCUUCUCGCUGGCGUCGCCGCUAGUGCUUGCGCGAGCCCUACCAGUGGAUGCAGCAAGGCGCUCCCUGACGGACAAGAGCCUGGAAAUGUUUACAAUGUGACUGUUCCUAGCGGAGGUGACUCUGAUCGCUACGUCCUCAUUUCCAUUCCACCUAGCUACAACGCUGGUGCCAAGACAUCGGCGAUCCUGUCAUUCCACGGUGGGCGCAAGACUGCCCAAGACCAGCUAGAUCUGGAUCUCUUGACCAGCACGGAUUUCAACUCGGACAAGUUUGUCAUUUAUCCACAGGGCAUAGAUAACUUGUGGCAAGGUGUCCCAGACGUCGAUGUCGACGAUGUCGCCUUCACGACCGCUAUUCUCGACCACCUCCAAGAUACAUACUGUAUUGAUUCUUCACGCAUCUUUGCUACCGGCAAGUCUGACGGCGCUGGCUUCGUGAACGUUCUAGCCUGCGACGCAAACUUGUCCGCCCGCAUCGCCGCCUUUGCCCCCGUCUCUGGUGCCUUUUACAUCAAUACAUCGCCGUGCCACGCAUCCACCGUCGCCAUCCCAUGCAGCGCCAGCAGAAAGAAUAUCCCCUUUCUCGAGUUUCACGGCGGCAAUGAUACCACCAUUGCGUAUACGGGAGGUGCGCGCAAGGGUGAAUGCCUUCCCACCAUCCCGCACUUUAUCCAGCAGUGGGCGGUUCGCGAUGGCCUUGGGUCUAAGAACACGUCGUCAUCCCUUGCGGACAAUACCACGCGUUACAAGUUUGGCGAUGGAUUGGUUCAGCACAUAUUUGACUCUGUAAUUGGCCAUGAUUGGCCCAGCACGCAGCCCAAUGAUGACAAUCAACGUAGCGGACAUAACGUCGCUAGCUUCAACGCAACGCCUAUUAUUCUCGACUUUUUCAAUAGCCAUCCUCUAGCUUAAGAGUUAUAGUGAGCUAUUCUCUAAUUUAGUAUUUACAAUGUAAACAACGGU